UCACAAGGUGUGAAUGAUACUGAAUUGCAAACUCGUGUUCGAUCUCGUACCAUAUUUGGUUUGGUAAUAAUGCUGACUACAUUAUAUGCUGCGUUGUUUGGUUCUGGAAUAGUUGAGAAUUUAAUUGCUUCAAGUUUAGAAAAUCAUAUUCGAACUUGGAAAGAUUUGGAUGAGUCGGGACUAGUAAUCAGAUGUUAUAAUUCUUAUAAACAAGCGGUAAAUUAUAAGGACUAUAAAAGUAAUGUGCUUUCACGUUGUAACACCAGCGGAGUAUACAGGGCUAAAGAUAUUGAAGCAAUGAUGGUUGGUGAAACUCCUGCAAGAUUUGUAAUUGCAUUAGAACCUUUUCGACGUCGGUCACCAAAUGUUACAAUUGUUAAUCUGGUUGCUGCUGUUGAAUACAUGGGAUUGCAAUUUGCCGAUCCUGAUACUCUUUAUCUCGCCCCCAAUAUAAACGACUUCGCUAUACGAACCAAAGAAGUUGGAUUGUAUGUGAAAUGGGAGUGGGAAGUUUAUAUGAAGAGGUACAAUAUGAGUUUCUUGUUGGCAUUUUGGGAUCGCAGUGUCCCAAAAACAAAUGUCAUAGAACUAAAUCCAGAACAUCUUAAAGGUGCAUUUGGUAUUUGGGUUUGCUGCAUAAUUAUUUCUACUUUAAUAUUUUGGAUUGAACUAUUACAAAUUCACUUCCAAACAUAUUUCGUUUAAUAAACACGCGUAAUAUCGUUAGUUUUAUAAUAAAAUUGUUUGGCAUUGAUCACAUUUCGUCGUAAAAUACAAU